GGUUGACAGCGAGUAGGAGGGCCUGUCCCUGCCCAGAUGAGAGGUGUUUGCACAUCACCCAUGCUUUAGGGGAAAGUACACUACAGCACUCCUCUUGGACAUCUGCUGAGAACUUUAAACAGGAACACAGUAGCUCACUUACACAAACACCGAGCCAACAUACAGGAAGCUUGACACAUUCUGAGGUUUGUCUACGGGCCAACCAGAAGCCGAGAGGUGGAGGCCACGCUCAUUCUUCAUUAUCAGUCCCAGGCGUCGUGAACUCGCCAGUGUUUCUCACUCGUCUGUCACACUUGACCUGCACUGAGGCUGUCGGGUAUCAUGUCUCUAUCUGCCGAGUACUGCAGUGAUAAAACGGGUGACAGGGGUGGAGGAGGUGGAGUUGCCUUGGCCCAUCAGAGGAGACUGAUCCGGGGACUGCUUGUUUGGGCCACCCUGCUCACUCUAGGCUUGGCCACAUCAAUAACUCUCCACUUCAUCCAAAGAGAAUCACCAGCUCCUAGUAAACGGCAGAUUCAAGAAAACGUCACCCAGCCUCCUCAGCCUCCUCAGCCUCCUCAGCCCAAAGAAAUUCCUAUAAUGGAAUUUUCACCAUUCUGGGGAGACACCGAGAUGGUGGAGAACCUCACGUGGAAAACAGUGCGUGAGGAUUUUUUCAAGGUACAGCAACAGCUUUUGAUGAACCAGAAGGACGGCCAAUAUUUCCUGUACCUGCAAGUUACCCUUGCGUCUCAUGAGAAAGCAAACCAUACAAUCACUGUGGAAACACAUAAUAGAAAGAUUUUAAAUGGUCGCAUCAAUGGAUCAAAACUCUCAACUCUCUUCAUGGCUAAAGGCAUUUCCCUUGCUAAGGGAGAUAAUCUAACUGUGACCUGCGAGCCGAAAGCCAAAAUCCGGACCCGUCACACCGAAACCUACCUGGGUGUGAUCAAGAUUAAUUCAACCUGAAUCUAGAUCAAAGACUGGAACGGAUUUGUGACAGUAUUGAAUGUGGACUCCCUCCGCACUGAUCUGCUGGGUUUUGAUGUACACACCGAAGGCAGUGUACGGCAUGUUAGCUUUCUUUAUUUAUUUCUUAAAGUGACAUCUUUAAAACUCUCUGCCUUUAUUGCACUAGCCUAUAUUUAAGCUUCUCCCCACUCAAUGGAUGAAGUGUCACUGAAUGUCCAUGUGUGGCCGAAUUCUGAUUGUUACCAAUGUAAAAUUGGCACCCCAUUGAUGCACUUUAUAUACAUGUAUGUAUAUAUAUUUGUGUGAAGCUGACCCCUUGCUGAACCCCUGAACUGCUCCAAAUGAUUCUUCAACUCACUCACUUUGGUAUUGUGAAUACCUUAGUCCACACUACAACACCUGAGUCAACAGAAAAUCAAAUUAGUUUAUGUUAGUAACAUUUAUUUAGCAAAUGUAGGCCUCCUUACAGAUGUUAAACAUGUUUAUACGUAUAAUAAAUUCACCAUUUCUGCAGCAUGGACAUGUCAAGAUUUAUUUAAAGAGAAAAGGGCAAUACACACUGCUUGUUUUCUCUUUUGGUAUCUUGUGUCACUAUUUUAAGCUCCUCAACAGCAAUAUAUCUGGAUAAUUCUUGAAAUUUUUUUAAACUAGUCAAACACAAUGACCACAGAAAUAGAAAAUAGCAAGACCUGGUCUCAAACGGCAGAUCGGCAACUGCUGUAAGUUGCAGCAGAGGUGGGGACUUGGCAAAGGGUCAAGUGCACACGAAGGAAAGGUUCAGAAUACCUCCCUUCAACAAAAAAAAAAAAAAAACUAAAGCUGAAUUCAGAAUGGCAGACUUGCAUACUACAAGUAUAACAAGUGAUGGUUCAACCAAAAAAAGAAAAUUCUGUCAUCAUUUACUCACCCACAAGUUCUUCCAAACUUGAAUGAGUUUGUGUCUUCUGUUGAACAUUAAAGAUAUUUUAAAGAAUGUGGCUUUCUGAUUCCCAUUGACUUCUGCAUUGCUUUUUUCCCAUCCUAUGGAAGUCAAUGUGGAUACCCACAUUCCUUAAAAGAAUAUCUUCUUUUGUGUUCAACAGAAGAAAUAAACUCAUACAGGUUUUGCACAACCUCGAUGACAGAAUUUCCAUAUUUGGAUGAACUAAUGUGGCAGAGAGUAGUAUGCUAAUACACUUCUAAAAAUAAAGGUGCUUCACGAUGCAAUAGAAGAACCAUUUUUGUCUAAAUGGGUCCGUAAAGAACCUUUAACAUCUGAAGAACCAAAGGUUAUUUGUGGCUAAACAAGGUUCUUCAGGUUAUAAAAAGGUAAGAAAGAGAUGGUUCUUUGUGUAACCAAAAAUGGUUGUUCUAUAGCAACGCUGUGAAGAACCUUUUAAGAAUCUUUAUUUGUGUGUAUGCUAUUUCCAAGUGUUCGCCAACAAAGAUGUCAUUGGUCAGAUGGUAUAUUAAGAGUGGCAAGCCACUGAAAGUGUAUAUAAAAUGUAUGUAUGUAUGUGUGUUUUUUUUUUUUUUUUUUUUUUUUUUUGUUGAUUUCUUAUUUUGUCAUAUUUAUCUGUAUUUAUGGCUGUUGAUUGUACAGGGGCAGCGAGAUGUUUUUAGCAUACUUAAAAGUCAUUGGAUUAAACUACAGAACAAAUACCAAGCCAAGUGGCAUUUCAUUAAACAAAAGACCUGUUCAAGCAAAACAUUUCACAAAAAUUACUUUUCUAAAUCUAAAACAAUAGUAUACUCAUUUAGGACAGACAUAUAAUUUAUAACGAAGACAAUGGCCCGGUCCACACGAACACGGGUAUUUUCAAAACCCGCAACUUUUUCGAUGCGGUUUUGUCCAUUUUUCUUGAUACGAACCCAGACAGCAAGCAGUUUCGGCCCAGAUCUGGCCCACAUUUGGAUGGAUUUCACGCGGACCAGAUGUGGGCCAGUUCUGGGCCGAAAUUGCAUGCUGUCUGGUUAAAAGUCAAUUCACAAAUUGCUCAGAAGAGUAAAAAGUAAUUCUGAGAAAAUCUCUAGCUUCCUUUGUAGGCAGAUCCCACUGGUUUGAGAGGUUAAUUAAUAUAGAGGGUUAAAGACUGUAGUGUGGUAAUGAUCUGUUUUUAACAGCAACACAAUUUCAACUAAAAUUCUAAGGCCUACAUCAUAUGAUGUCUAUGAGGUCAUUAGUUGGACAUUCGUUGACAUUUGAAUAAUUAGAAAUGUCAUGAACAUUAUUAAAAGAAAAUUAUAUGUAUAUAUCUGCUCAACAGACUUCUGUCUGCAAACUAAUGACAUUGUAAUGACUUAUGACAUUGUAAAGACCCAAGUCACUUUUUGGACUCACUAAAUAUAGCCGAAUUGAUGUGUUGUUAUAUUAUGGUCCUAAGACCUUCUUUCAAAUAAAGUUACUCAUUUUUUGCAGGUCUGACUGUAUAUUAUAGCUAUAUCUGAAAAGAAGAAGAAGAAGAAGCUUAUUCAGUGUAAGGCAAUUGUUGGAAUAAACAACUACAUACUUUC